ACCAGUUUCCAGCAAACAAACGUGUUGCCAAGCCGACACUUUUUUGACCAGACAUCGGUGCAGACAUCGCCACAUCGCCACAGUCGCAGAGCCCACACCUCGCCGCCAAACAAUCAACUACCGACCAGCCAAGUCGCAAGCCAGCUAGCUCCCGGCCAUAUCCGACAAAUCAACACACAAAGUUAUUGUCACUAUCAACACACAGAAUCAACCAUCAUGAAUGCCAAGCCCUUAGUACUGUGCACCGUUGUGUUGGUUGCCCUUUGCCUGCUGCAAUUCGGCGAUGCCCUGCCCUCCAUCGGCCACUAUGGCAAGCGUUUUGAUGCGAUGGGCGGCAUUGAUUUCAUUCAGGUGUGUCUCAACAACUGCGUCCAGUGCAAGACCAUGCUGGGCGACUACUUCCAGGGCCAGACCUGUGCGCUCUCCUGCCUCAAGUUCAAAGGCAAAGCCAUACCCGACUGUGAGGACAUCGCCUCUAUAGCUCCGUUCCUCAAUGCACUCGAGUAGAGCCGCAGCGCCGUCCGUCUCUUGGCCCAUGGGCUGCUUUUGUGUGUGUGUAUGUGUGUUUUUAUGGCCAGUUGACUCAGAUGCCGAUUUGGGUCAAUGCGCUGCUCCACACGAAGCGAUCAUGGCUGCUGAUUACGACUUAACCACAACGAUUAUGAAACUGACUUCUGCUAAACCACUGAACUUCCAGCACGUAACCAAAGAGUUCCUAUUAAUUUAUAAUGUUAUCGUAAAUAAACUAAUUAUGU